CCGGUCUCUAAUUGUAGAUAACAAAAUGAAUAGCGGUGAAGAGCAAGCUAUGCAAAUAGUAUCAAGCUGUUGGCAUAUAUACAAAUUGGAGUUGGUAGGGCCAAUCGCAGAAUUACCGAAAGAGCUCCACAACUAUCCAAACCUCACCAAGUUAGUAUUGUGGGAAUGUGUUCUCAAGGAGGACCAAAUGGGAAUACUAGAGAAGCUGCGAAACCUAACAACUUUGCGCCUUGGAUAUAACACUUUCCAUGACAAUACAAAGAUACUGGUUUUCUCCAAAGGAGGCUUUCCUUCUCUUCAAUUUCUUUAUGUUUCUAGUAUGAACCAAAUAACAGAGCUGAGGGUAGAGGAAGGAGCCAUGCCUAGUCUCUGCCGAUUGAGGAUUUCAUAUUGCAGGGGAUUGACGGCGCUUUCAGAUGGGCUGAGUUAUCUUACUAAUCUCAGGAAAUUAACCAUUACAGGGAUGCCUAGAGAACUCCACCAUCGGAUUCAGGAAGAUGGAGAGGAUUUCUAUAAAAUUCAACACGUACCUUCCCUUGUAAUUGGAGAACCAUACGACGAGUACGACGAGUACGAUGCAAUGAUGGCAAGAAUCUUUGAGAUGGAGAAUCUUUCCAUUGCUACGCGAACAACAAUUAGAAAGCGAGAGGUAAACUGAAGCUACACUCUUGGCAACUUACAGACCUUACAUAUGCUUUCAAGUGAGUAUUGUAAUUUGAAAGAUGUUGCUGGAUUAACCAAUCUUAGAAAACUGGACAUAAACCUAUUGUAAACCGCGUAUCAUUCUCGUAUAUGUGACUUGGGGCUAGAGCAAUUCCAGGAUAGGUGACUCACUGGGAAGUUGUUCGUGAGUUCCCAGAAACAAAAUCGUGAGGACAAAGAGGGGGGCCAGAAACAACACUACCAAUAAUGGAAAGCUACUCAAAUAUCUCUGCAGUUGAAGAGUCUAGCACGAGAAUCUAGUUACAACAUCUUUCAUUGACAUGGACCAAAAAAGUUCAAAAAUAAUUUCGGAACUUGCAAUGAGUUGUUCGCUGUUGGCCUUCUGUACUGGAUUUGCUCUCUACAUUC